AUGUCAUCUCCUUCCUCCGCCUCCACGUCGCCGUUGUCCUCCUCCUCCGCCUCCUCUUCUUCACCCUCACCUGCAGCGGAUCCUAUCACUUUCCCUAUUUCCCCAACCCCUGCAGCUUCCAGGUCUCAACAUGAUUCUAGUACCACGUCUUCUACUCAAUCCUCUCACGACUCGCUUCAAACAACGAGAAAUAUAACGGCGGUUGGGUCGAGGGAUUCACAGGGAUCAACACGGACUGCAGGGUCGUCUAGACACACUUUACUGGAGUUUCUACAAAAUGAAGGUCCCGAAGCUGGGAAUGGCCAGCAACAGUCGGAGCAGGGACAGAGCGUACGGAAUGCACAAGAAGCCAACACUACAAGUUUGGAACGAAAGAGGAGGUUGACCAGCGCGAGUGACAACUUUGGCUAUGCUCACCCAGGGGCGGGUAGCUCCUCAGUAGAUGCUGGCUCGUCGGGAGCUCGUCCCAGACCCUCUGCCACUCAGUCGUGGGGACGCACUGGUUCAGGACUACCAGGGAGCUCAAGAGAAAAUGCAAUUGAUCUCUCCGGGUCUCAAGAGUCACUCUCGCGGCAGCUGAGCUCGUUGCGGCAUCGGGAGAACAGCUUUGCAAAUUACGAGUUACCGCAAUGGCAGUCUGAUUCUGAAGUUUCAAAAUGUCCCAUCUGUGAUACCCAGUUCAGCUUUUGGUACAGGAAACAUCACUGCAGGAAAUGCGGGCGGGUAGUUUGUGCCUCGUGCUCACCACAUAGAAUCACCAUCCCACGCCAGUUCAUUGUUCGUCCGCCAGAAUCUAAUAGACCGCUCUCGACACUUCUCCAGUCGAAUCCCUCUGAAGCUCAAGUUAUUAGUCUCAUUGAUGACGAUGAACAAAGGCCCUCCGCAACUGCCGGCUCGUCUGUCCUCAUGGACAGACAGCAAAGAUUACGACAACAAAGAGGCCGCUACCCUCCGAAUUCAGCCUUAGGAGGUGGAGAAGAAGUCCGUUUGUGCAAUCCAUGCGUCCCUGAUCCCAACCCUGAGCCUCCCAGACGUUAUACAAGUGGUGGCUCAUUGUUUCCACCCUCCCUUUCAGGCUGGCCAGACGACGCAGCGGCGGCUUCUCAUGCACCUACGCAACAUCAUUCUACAUUACCAGGCUACUACCGCAAUAGUAGUGCAUAUAGACGUGAUAACAACCUCUUUCAUCGACCGUCGGCUUCUCUCUCAUCAGCCGCAGAUAUGCCGGCUUCCCAGGAGGCUCGUGACAUCCGAAGACGCCGGGGUCGCGGUAUGAUUUUCCAGCCCGAGACUCCUGAAAUUCAACGAGCAGCUCAAGAAGGGUUUCCUGAUGAAGGCUUGCCGUCGUAUGGAAGCUUUGAUUACACAGUUGUCCCGAAUUUCCGUGGCAUGCCCCCACGGUAUCAGUCAACGCAACAGGCUGCUGGGGCCCCGCAUCCUCGUUACUCUCCUCCAGCAUAUUCUUCAACUUCUGGCACGUCCAUUCCGGCUUCCCGCCAUCGUGCCAGCCACUCCAUCUCCCGUCCCAUGCCCACCCAUCACCGCGGCCCAUCCACCGAUUUUCUCCAAAGCCUAAGCCCUUCAUCAUCCAGCCGAAACAGGCCCUUACAUCCCGUCGCGCCACACCACUAUCGCCGCCCGAUUGACGAAAGCGACAUUUGCCCUAUAUGCGGUCGCCUCCUUCCACCGCGGGGCCCCGAUGGCAAUGAAGCCGCCCGAGAAGCCCAUAUACGCGAUUGUAUAGAAGGGCACGGGACCGGACACGGGCAUCCCUCUAACAUCCCUUCCAGCAGCACAGGUCGUCGCAUGUCACAGUCCCAUCCCAAUGAGAACGACCACAAUAAUAAUCACCAUGCCGACCGCCCUUUACGAAUGUUGCCGUUUACAGCGACAGAGAAAGAUUGUGUUGGUGAGGAUGGCGGGCAGCAAGAAUGCACGAUUUGCAUGGAGGAAUAUGAAGUUGGGGACCAUUUGGCGCGGCUGGAGUGCCUGUGCAAGUUCCAUAAGGCGUGUAUAGUGAGCUGGCUGGAGAGGAAAAUGGAGUGUCCGGUUCAUAAAGUGCAUUAG